UAACACAAGUUGGGUUUGUAAUCGAUAUCUCCAAAGUGUGGACCAAAACACAUUCACUUUUGUCUUAAACUUUUAAGUGGAUUAGAGUUAAACAACAAACGUAGAGAGACACAGAGUGCGAUAUGGGAGGAGGAGACGAUGGUGGUGACUCAGUAAUUCACUUUGUGUUUGUUCAUGGAGCCAGCCACGGAGCUUGGUGUUGGUAUAAACUCAUCACUCUUCUAGACGCCGCCGGAUUCAAAUCCACCACCGUAGACCUUACCGGCGCUGGAAUCAACCUCACCGACUCUAACUCCGUCUUUGACCCUGACCACUAUAACCGUCCUCUCUUCUCUCUCUUGUCCGAUCUCCCUGCUCACCACAAAGUCGUCCUCGUCGGACAUAGCAUGGGAGGAGGAACUGUCACCGAAGCUCUCUGUAAGUUCCCUGGAAGAAUCUCCAUGGCCGUUUACGUCGCCGCCGAUAUGAUUCAACCCGGAUCUUCCUCUUCUCCACAUUCUUCUAGCAAGCGUUUUGGAGAAGAAGAAAUAUGGGAGUACACAUACGGAGAAGGCGCCGAUGAAUCUCCCACCGGAGUCUCCAUGAAAAAGCAGUUUAUACGCCAGUAUUACUAUAGCCAAAGCCCUCUUGAGGAUGUAACUUUGGCAUCUAAGCUGCUUCGACCUGCUCCUGUGAGGGCCUUUCGAGGUCUUGAUAAGCUGGCUCCAAAUUCUGCGGCAGAGAAAGUUCCUCGAGUUUAUAUCAAGACUGGUAAGGAUAAUCUAUUCGAUUCGCAGCGUCAAGACCGUUUGGUGGAGAAUUGGCCACCUUCUCUGUUUUAUAUCCUUGAGGAGAGUGACCAUUCUCCUUUCUUCUCUGUCCCAACCACCUUAUUCACUUAUCUACUUCGUGCGGUUUCUUUUCUUCAACUAUAACUCAAAAUACUUCAUUUUCAGUUUGACCCCAUGUCUCUCAUCCUUCGUACACUAUAUAUCGACCUUAUUGUUGAUUUUAUGGUCGGAAUAAGUACAUUUUGUUAAUGUUUUUCAUUUGAGUUUAAAUAAGCUUUACCCGUGAAGCAAUCAAGGAGAAGUUUUUAGUAGGCUUUUGUUAUUGGUUUGUUCCAUGGGUAAGAGAAAGAGAAAGGAGAAUCCUGUAUUCCUUGGUUUCUUUGUCAAUAAACUGUCUUCUUCUUCUA